AUAUUCCUUCAUUUUUUGUUUAUUAAAAUUUAAUUUUCCGAAACCAAGUUAUCAAUUGGAACAGCUGGAGCAUCUCUCAUCGUAAUGUCCUCAAAAACUAAAGUCCUUCAAGUUUAUCGAUCUCUUUUAAGAGAAUCGGAAAAGCUGUCGGCCUAUAAUUUCAGAAAUUAUGCAAAGCGGAGGAUUCGUGAUGCUUUCAGAGACAAUAAGAGCUUACAGGAUGCAUCCUCUAUUCAGGCUGAAUUAGAGUUUGCUACUAAAAAUCUGGACGUCAUUCACAGACAGGUUAUCGUUGGACACUUGUAUGCAUCGGAAAAAUUGGUGAUCGAGAACAAUCCAUCGAUGACGACAAAGUAAAAUGCGGAAAAUGUUGGAAGAUGUGAUUGCUGGUGGUGCUUUUAAUCGUUGCAUUUCGUAAAGACAGAAAAAAAAUAUUGACCGACAUGAUUGUUGAUUUAGUUAAUGAUGGUUGGAAUAAAAAAAGUAUUUUUAGUAAUUAA